ACUACUAGUCCGAUAUGUGACCAAUUUUUUUCAUCAAAACGACCUUGUUGUUUGAAUAAUGCUUUAAUUUCACCAUGAUUGUUAUCAACAUUUUGUUCACAUCGUUGAUUCAUAAAUGAUGUUGUGGGUGUGUUUCUGCUAAAAUAUUAGUUCUCCGAUUUAAAUAUAACUAUUACUUAACCAGUUCCAUCGGCGAGAAAUCUUAGUCCACCAGCUUUUUUCUUAUGAAUGAUUACUGGUGAUGACCAUGGGGAUGUUGAUGGGCGUAUUUGUUGAUUCUUCAACAUUUUUUAAAGUUCUUCUUGCAGGUCACGUCUUUGUUGGAUCGUUUUGGGAUAUGGUCUUGAACUGAUAGCAAAAUUAUUUUCACAUCCUCCUCACAGACAUUCACCCCAAACCACUUCAACACCUUCACUACCGCAAUCUAAUAAAAAAUUAUCACCAUCACAAUCAUACGAUUUUAGUAUUGCACGAAUUCAAUACGAGCAACAGAAUGAUAUCGUCCUGCAAAGGAAAAUUAAAGAAGUUAAGAACGUGCCAAAAAGCCAUGCAUAUGACAUUAAAGAUGAUCUAUUCUAUAAAUUACUACCACGAGGUGGUACAAAAAUUAAAUUACUCUAUAUACCAUUAACAAUGAUUGAAGAGAUAUUGUCUGCUCACCAUGAUCAUCCCUUAAGUGGUCAUUUCGGUGUUGAGAGAACAUGGGAAAACUUAAGAAAUAAAUAUUACUGGCCAAAUAUGAAACAGUCAGUCUCCAAUUACAUAAAAUCCUGUCCAGAAUGCUCAAGGUUUAACAUUGAUCGACACAAACCAUCCGGAUUAUUACAACCAAUUGAACCACCUGCUGAAAUAUUUCAAGUCUUGGAGAUUGACUGGUGGAUCUCUCUUUCGAAAUCUUUAGACGGAAACAAAUAUGUUCUGGUUAUUACGGAUCGAUUAUCUGGUUAUGUUUUUGCGAAAGCUUCCCCAACAAAUAAAGCUCAAGAUACCGCACGAAUUUUACUAACAGAAGUUAUUCUCGUUCACGAGGCUCGAGACAAGGUUAUUAGUGAUCAAGGUUCACAUUUUAACAAUGAACUACUACAAGCAAUCACCAGCCUAAUUGGAUGCAAACAUGUCUUCUCAACACCGUACCACCCUCAAACCAAUGGGCAGACAGAAAGAUGGAAUGCUACACUUGCCACACAGAUCGCCAAAUACUGUAAUGAAAAUCAAGAUAAUUGGGAUACUUACUUACCAUCAAUCGUAUUCGCCUAUAAUCAUGGCAUCCACAAUUCUAGCGGUUUUAUACCCUAUCAGUUAGCGUUUGGUCGCAAAGCAAGAAGUCCAUUUGAUGCACCGCAUACAAGUUUCACAUUCAAAAAACCCCAUGAUUAUUGGAGCGAAGUUUGCCAAUAUAAAAAUAUUGUCAUUAAACAGGCGAAGCUGAAUAUCCUCCGUCACCAACAAGUGACAAAACAACGCUACGAUAGCAAUAGACAAGAUCAAGAUUACAAAAUCAACGAUUUAGUCUGGAUGAAGGUGUUAGUUGGAAGAUCGAAACUUGAUGAACGAUAUACUGGCCCGGUACGAGUCAUACAAGUGCUAGGCCUAUUGACAUAUCUAGUUCAAGAUGAUGAGUUACAGCAAUUCCAGGUUCAUUCGAACAACAUCAAGCGUGUAUAUCCACGUGAUCAAGAUAUCCCAUUUAUUUAA